CUCCCCUCCUGCAUGUUACGGUUAUUUCACCUUAUUUUACCAACAGGAUCCUAUUUGUUGAUAGCAGGGAGCCGUUGUGUUUUACCCGGCGCUUUCCCUCCGUUAGCGGAAACUCCAGUGUUACGUGACAGUCGGUAAAUUGGAUUAGCGCUAAAUCAAGCCACCGGUGAAUGAUACUUUAGCACCGUUGCUAGCUAGCUACUCGAGCUGUCGGGAGCGGAGGACAUAUGGAACCUUCUGGUUCGGGACACGAGUGGUAACGUUCCAGUGACUUCUCUGUGUGUCGCCCUGCGUGUGUUCGAGGCCUGCCUGCUAACGUUACGGAAGAUAACCAACGAGGGGCACGAGACACUGGGGUGAGCAACAUGGACACUUACAGCCAGAGGUUUGACAGCAAAUCUCAGAAGAAGAAGGGCUCGUCCCACCAGGGGUCCUGCUACGAUGAGGGAGACCGCAAACCCAAGUUUCAUUUACCCUUUAGAAACAUCACAGAUGAUGUGCUGGACAGAUUUGCAAGUAUUCGGAUCCCGGGCAGUAGGAAGGAGCGGCCAGCCUUAUCACAGUCGAAACACAAUUCCAAUGACUGGUCUACUUCCUCUUCAGCCACCUCUUCAGCCACCUCACAUCCGUUUGAGGAUAUGUCAUCAAAGAUCACCUCGGAAAAAGAGAUCUUGGCUCUGUUUGAAAAGAUGAUGGAGGACAUGAACUUGAAUGAGGAAAAAAAGACUCCUCUGAGAGAAAAGGACCUCAACAAAAAGAGAGAAAUGGUCAUCCAGUAUAUUUUUACUGCAUCUAAAACGGGCACAUUGAGAAGCAGCCAUCAAGUGUCUCCUCAGGAAUUUCUUGGAGAGCUGAAGUCAGGGGUGAUGGACGAACGCCUGUUUGCCUGUCUAGACUCUUUGCGUGUGUCCCUUACCAGCAACCCUGUCAGUUGGGUGCAGAGUUUCGGGCAUGAGGGUCUUGGACUGCUGCUGGACAUUUUGGAGAGGUUGCUUUACAAGAAGGAGCAAGAGAAGCUUGACAAAAAGAAUCAACACAAAGUUAUCCAGUGUCUCAAGGCCUUCAUGAACAAUAAGUAUGGCUUGGAUCGGAUCCUGGCGGAGGAGAAAAGUCUUGCUUUACUGGCAAGAGCCAUUGAUCCCACCCAGUCUGCCAUGAUGACUGACGUGAUGAAGCUGCUGUCAGCCAUCUGCAUUGUUGGCGAAGAGAACACAUUGGAAAAGGUCCUUGAAGCCAUUACCACAGCAGGGGAAUGGCGAGCCAUCGAGAGGUUCAGUCCGAUUGCGCAAGGGCUUCGUGAUCGCUCGGUUCAAUUACAAGUGGCAUGCAUGCAGCUCAUCAAUGCACUCGUGACAUCUCCUGAUGAGCUGGACUUCAGGCUGCACAUCAGAAAUGAAUUUAUGCGCUGUGGCCUAAAAGAGAUAUUGCCGCAACUGACAGCCAUCAGGAAUGACGCUCUUGACAUCCAGCUUAAAGUAUUUGUGGAGCACAAAGAAGAGGACAUGAUGGAGUUUUCUCACAGGCUGGAGGACAUCAAGAGCGAGCUUGAUGAUGCGGGGGAUGUAUUCAGCAUUGUGCAGAGCACGGUGAAGGACAGCAGUGCAGAGCCCUAUUUCCUCUCCAUUCUACAGCACCUAAUGCUCAUACGCAAUGACUACUUGGUCAGGCCUCAGUACUUUAAGAUCAUUGAGGAGUGUGUGUCUCAGAUUGUGCUCCACCGCAGUGGCACUGACCCGGACUUCAGUUACCGCAAGCGCCUCGAUGUGGACUUCAGCCACCUCUUAGAGGUGUGUGUGGAUAAAGCUCGAAUUGAUGAGUUUGAACAGAGAGCUUCAGAAUUGGCACAGAAGUUCGAGGAGGAGUUUGUAAGCAGGCAGCAGACAGAAGCUCAGCUGGUUAAGUCUGAGGAAAAAGCAGCUGAACUCGGAGCUGAGCUGCAGGCCUUUAAGUCCCAGUUUGGAGCUGUACCGGCGAGUCUCUCCUCUCCCCAUGUUCGACAGUCGUCAUCUGCCUCAGUCCUCCAUCCGGGAACACCACCCCGCGCUCCAGGACCUGGGAUGCCGGCACCCCCUCCUCCACCUCCCCCGCCCCCCCUACCUGGCUGUCCUGCCCCACCUCCUCCACCUGGAGUGCCUCCUCCGUUUGGUGCCCCUCCACCACCCCCUCUAGGGUUUGGCGGAGGUCUUGGCUCCCCCACCCACAAUGCACUGCCUUACGGCCUCAGGGCUAAGAAGGAAUUCAAGCCGGAGACUUCCAUGAAGCGCCUCAACUGGUCCAAGAUUCGUCCCCAGGAAAUGUCAGAGGCCUGCUUCUGGGUGCGGGCUGAUGAGAUCCAGUAUGCUAAACCAGAGUUACUGAGCAGAGUUGCUCUCACCUUUGGUUCCCAAAGAACAGCCAAAAAACAAGAGGAGGAUCUGGAGGAUAAGAAAUCCAUAAAGAAGAGAAUUAAAGAGCUCAAGGUGCUCGAUCCCAAGAUUGCACAGAAUCUAUCUAUCUUCCUGGGUUCCUUCCGUAUGCCUUAUCAGGAAAUCCGUUGCAUGAUAGUGGAGGUGGAUGAGGAGCAACUCACUGAACCUAUGAUUCAGAACCUGGUGAAGCAUCUGCCGGAGCAGGAGCAGCUGAACGCCUUGGCCAAGUAUAAAAACGAGUAUGCAAAUUUGUCAGAGCCUGAGCAGUUUGGGGUUGUGAUGAGCAGUGUGAAGCGUCUGCACCCUCGCCUCAGCCACAUCCUCUUCAGACUGCAGUUUGAGGAGCAAGUAAACAACCUGCGUCCAGAUAUCCUGGCUGUAAACGCCGCCUGUGAUGAGGUCAGGAAGAGCAGCUCCUUUGGCCGCUUGCUGGAGCUGGUGCUGCUGCUGGGGAAUUACAUGAAUGCAGGCUCUCGAAACGCCCAGUCUUAUGGCUUCGACCUCAGUUCUCUCUGCAAGCUGAAGGACACAAAGUCAGCGGAUCAAAAGACCACAUUGCUCCACUUCCUGGCACAUGUAUGUGAGCAAGAUUUUCCUGAUGUGAUCAAGUUCGUUGAAGACCUACAUCACGUGGACCGUGCUAGCCGAGUGUCUGCGGAGAAUCUGGAGAAGAGCCUCAGGCAGAUGGAGCGGCAGCUGCUGCAGCUGGAGAGAGACCUGGACACCUUUUCCUCGCCUGAUGACCCCAACGACAUGUUCCUCACUAAAAUGGAAAACUUCAGCAAGGUCGCACGGGAACAGUACGGCAAACUCGUGAUCAUGCACGGCAAUAUGGAGGCGCUGUAUCGGAACCUGCUGGAGUACUUCGCGGUUGAUCCUAAGAAGACCUCUGUGGAGGAGCUGUUCACUGAUCUCAGCAACUUCCGCUCCAUGUUCACUCAAGCCCUGAAGGAGAACCUGAAGCAGAGGGAGUUAGAGGAGAAACAGAGGAGAGCACGGGCGGCAAAGGAGAAGGCUGAGCGUGAAAAGCAGGAAAGACAGCAGAAGAAGAGGAGGUUGCUGGAAGUCACUGCAGAGAAUGAUGAGACAGGUGUGAUGGAUAGUCUGCUGGAAGCCCUACAGUCAGGAGCUGCAUUCAGAGACCGCAGGAAGAGAGCGCCAAGACCCAGAGAAAACCAGCAUCAGACGAUCAGCCCCGGCUCCUUCCGCCAGGUUCUCAGGCCUGUUAAUCAUGAAAACAAGGCGCCUGUUCAAAGGUCUCGCGUUCGGCAGGAUGUGAACCUGGGCAACAUUCUGCAGGAAGCUCCGCCUGCCAAGGGGACCCCGGCCGAGCCUCAGGGUCAUCCCUCCGCUGCCAGGUCGAGGGCCACGGCCUGUACGGAGCCGGGCCGCAGGUACAGAAACACUCCGGGUCCUGGCUACGGGCUGGACAGAGAGCGGGUGGUGGAGAGACAGACAGUUAAAGUGACUGAGAGAGAGAUGUAUGUUGAAGCAGAGCCUCCAGGCGUCCAGACGUCCUCAGCCGGUGCUCCAGUCGGCAGCUGCGGCACCAACGGGGAGUCGGAUGUAGAGGCUCUUCUGGCUAAACUCAGAGCCCUCUGAGGUUCACCUCUUUCCUCUUAAACCACAUCUACAGCAAGUUAUUACACACAACACACACAUUAAACAUGCGUUGAAUGUAACCGAAAGGAUUUCAGAAAAUACAUUUUAGUUAUAAAGAGACAGUCGUAAGAUUUGUCAUCAACACCAUCACAGGGAAAUCAACAUUAACAAGGGAAACAAGGACCUAUUUUUUUUAAGCCUCAUAAAGUUUAAUUUGCAUAAGGUCACUAAUGCACACGAUCAUGUUUUACUACAUGAUGGAUCAGAGAUAAAACUCCUUUGUCAAAAGUGGCGAGUGGAACACAGACGGCUGCUCACUGCUCUGUUCUCAGAGGUGAUGACACAGAGUGAUUCACAAAAUCUGAUUGGAUGGAAACGUACAAAUAACAAAUAAAAUCGAAAUGAAAAGCCGAACAGAUUCAGCAGCGUCUCUACCUGAUCCUUCAAAGUGCACUGCCGAAAAUGUUUGGCUCUCAUUUAUCAGGACUGAACAAUGGGAAAUAUAUAAAUAUUAUUUUCCCUGCAAGCAAAGAGACGAUAUUGCUAAGCACUUUCUAUGUAAUCCAGAAGAAUGCAAUAUAAAAAAAUAUGUAUAUCACAUUCCUUUCACAUUAGUAUUUCCUAUGAACUGCGUUUACUAUUCUUUUUAAACCUUGACCCUAUAUCCUAUCUUACCUUUCAGUUUAUAGUUCCAUGUUAUGGUUAUGUUCAUCUUCAUGUUAUUAGUUAUAUUCAAUUAAAAAGACUUUAAACUUACUGCAUUUAUUAUUUUUGGUAUUUAAUUAUUUUCUAUAUUAUUAUUUCUUUUGCUCCUUUUGAGUCUUUUUCAUUCCUUGUGGGCAAUGGGGGGGCUUUUAUAUUCAAAUUGAUGUAAUUGUUUGUAUUUUGUAUAAAAAAUUGUUUAUCUGCAUCCGUACAAUCAAAUAUAUCCACAAAAAACGUCCACACGAGUCACAGGAUGCGAUAUCGAUGAUUAUAAUUUGCGUUGAUUUUCUUUGUGCCAGGAUGUUUUGUCACUUUGUCUCGGAAACAUUUCUUUGAACAAAUGUGUGAGAAGGAACCAAAAGGUAUGAUCGUCCAGAAUGUAGCACAAAAGAAUUGAGUUCAUCCGGCCACAGGUUGAACCGGGAAUGAUUCUGUUUUUGUUUCCUUACAAUCCUGUUGAAAUGACUCAUAUGUUGUAUCGUCACAUAUUUUAGAAACUCAUAUAAAAUAAAAAAAA